AUGGCGACGGAGGUAAUUCAGCAACCGCCAAUCCAGUACUUUAAUAAGGACACCAGGUCAAGCUCGUCGAACUACAGUGUCUAUACUUCAGAUGCACACCAUCGAAUUGCAAGCGGUGACUUUAUUUUUCAGUCAAGUGCCAAUUCCAAAAAUCCCGGAAAGCGUAAAAGCCUUACAAAAUUAACCGAAAAUGAACUCAAGGAGCAACCGUUAUCAAACUUGAAAAGCCCUGGUCAUGGCAGGUUUUCGAAAGCAAAUCUGAAAAAGGAAUUCACUGUCGUCCGCAAAAACUCAUACAAAAAACCCAGUUAUUUCAGACUCUCCCACAGUGCAUCUUCACCAAAGUCCUUGAAAAAGGCCGCAAAGUUCCAGAACAGUAGACAAAUAGAGCCUGCAUUUGACAUGUAUCCCUCAAAAAGUCUACUGGAGAAUCCGUCCUAUAUGGUCCAGUAUUUCACCACGACAUUGAACCUGAUCAAGAAGGAUCCGGCCAUUCACUAUCAAAUUUUAAAAGCCCAUAUUGAUACCAAAAAUAACACUGAUAAUGAAGCAGAGUUGACAAGAAGAACGAGGAAAAACAAAUACAAUUCUCUACCUAUAAUGGGUUCUUCUAAAUUGUUAAAGGAGGAAAUGGACCAGGCACGAAAUAUCAAAAGAAAUUCUGCUCCGGCCGUAUUGUCGUAUCAGCCGACAGAUAUGACAAUGGUAGAAUAUUUGAACACAUCGCUUGAUUUCUAUAAACAUCGGAAGAAGGACUCCGAAGCAACAACAACAGGUGAUAGCAAGGAGACAAAGCUAUCAAGUAAAGCACAAACGACAUCUUCCCGUACGCAACCUGGCUCCGAAAACAAGGGAGGCUCAUCAGGAUCGGGUGCAGAUUCCGUUUCCACAUCUGCACUGUAUGCACGUCGUUCAAAACUGACAUAUCACCCUGAGGGAACAACUUCGAGCCAGCGAAGUUACCCACUGAAGACGGCAAAGAGGAACAGUAUUUUGAAGAGAAGAAGCGCUCUCCCAUAUGACACUGGGUCAGAAAAUGCAAGUUUCCAUUUGCAGCGGGAACUCUCCGCUUCGAAGAAAGAGGAAUACUUCUCGAAGUAUGGCACCGAACUGUUGGAGAAUGCUGCAGGAAAAACUAUUAUUGAGGAGGAAAAUCCAAACAGGAAACGAAUUAGUGAUUGUGGUGAUUUGAGUAUUGCAACUGGUAACGAGCUGUACAAUCAGGUCAAAAAUGAGGUUGCCUCAAAACGGUUAUUGAAUUGGGACAGCGCAUACCGUUAUAUAGCAAAGAAGGACCCAGAUCUGGCAGAAAAUUAUUUCUUUUUGAUUAGAUACAUGCUAGAACUGUAUCUUCGCAGAGUGUUAUCUGCAAAAAUUGCAUUGAAACUGGGUACUGAUAAGUCAAACAAGGGAGAAGGAAAUGAAGCCUGGAUCGGAUUAAGGGAAUGCAUUGCUUCUGUGUAUGGUGAAGAUAAUGCAUUAUUCUUCGAGUCGCAUAAUGCUCGUAAGAAUUAG